AUGGAUGAAGGGAAGAAGAGACAGCUCCGGAGGGUAUUUGGAUAUUACCAGGGCGUAUGUUUUACCAUCAUUAAUAUGAUUGGUACAGGAAUUUUUGUGGCUCCCAAAGGGGUGCUGAAGUACUCUUGCAUGAAUGUGGGGCUAUCCCUGUGUAUUUGGGCUGCCUGUGCUUUAUUGUCCAUGAUGAGCUUUCUCUGCUCUGCAGAGAUAGGUAUAACCUUCCCAUGCAGUGGGGUUCAGUACUAUUUUCUCAAGAAAUGCUUUGGCUCCGUGAUCGCUUUCCUAAAACUUUGGACAGGCUUAUUUCUGGGGCCGGGGAUAGUCGCUAGCCAAACCCUGCUCCUCGCUGAGUAUGGCAUCCAGCCUUUCUAUGGCAGCUGCUCUGCUCCAGAGCUCCCAAAGAAAUGUCUGGCACUGGCCAUUGUAUGGAUAGUGGCAAUCCUGAAUACUCGUGGUGUAAAAGAGAUGGUUUGGCUUCAGACCUCCAGCACAAUGCUGAAAAUGGCCAUACUUGGUCUCGUUUCCCUGACUGGAGUGGUGAUACUAGUGAGAGGAAGGAAGGAGAAUGUAGAGAGGUUUCAGAAUACUUUCGAUGCUGAGUUUCCAGAUGCCUCCCAGAUGACAGAAGCCUUCUUCCAAGCAUUUUUCGCAUAUUCUGGCGGAGACAGCUUCAUGUUUAUAGCAGGAGAGCUGAAGAAACCCCACAAGACAAUUCCAAAAUGCAUGUUUACUGCAGUAUUUUUGGUGACCCUGGUUUAUUUACUGGUUAACAUUUCCUACCUGAGUGUUCUGACGCCCAGAGAAAUUCUCUUUUCAGAUACUGUGGUUAUCACAUGGGCUGACAGAGUUAUCCCAUCAUUGACGUGGGUUAUUCCUCUUGGUAUUUCUGCCUCAUUAUUUAGCAAUGUUUGGUGUUCUGUAUUUACAUCAUCAAGAGUGAAUUAUAUUGCUAGCCAAGAGGGCCAGCUGCCUUUGUUAUUUAAUAUGCUUAAUGUUCAUUCCUCUCCAUUAAUAGCUGUGCUAGUAAUUGUCAUUAUGGCAUCCUUCAUGAUUGUUUCAACAAGCCUAAUUGAGUUGAUAAACUAUCUUUUUUUUGUGUUUUCUUUUUGGACUCUAUUAUUAAUAGCAGGACUAAUAAAACUGAGAUACCAGGAGCCUAAUCUACCAAGACCUUAUAAGGUGUCUUUGCCAUUUCUAUUGGUAACAGUGGCCGUCAACCUGUGCUUGGUUUUGAUACCAUUGGUGAAAUCGCCCAAAAUGCAUUAUAUUUAUAUCGUUCUCUUUAUUUUUAGCGGACUCGGGUUUUACAUACCUUUAAUCCAUUUUAACUUAAAGUUGGUUUGGUUUGAGAAAAUGACUUGUUAUUUACAAUUACUAUGCAGUAUUUGUCUCCCGGAUGAGUCUGAUGAACAGAUGACAGAAGUAGAAACUGUUAAAAAUGCAGCCUUCUAA